AGAUCUUCAAUGAUCACAAACUAAGAAGCCAUAGUCCACAAUAGUUAAUUAAUUAAGUCUUUAGAGCAAAUAUAGCCAGUCUAAAACACUCUCUUUUCUUCUUCUUAUUCUUCUCCUCAUUUUCAUCUUAAUUUAUCAUAUCUUCCCUUUCAUAUCGUAUUAAGCUAGGUUGACGUAAAGUUGUAAGCUUUCAAAAGCUUGUGAGAAUCAGAUUAAUUAUAAAUCUCUUCGGUCUUAUUUUUUCCUUAUCAUCACUUUCAGUUUAGCUAUAACCCGGCUAUCAUAUCUUUUUGUUCUUAAGUUUGGAGGAAUAAUGGAAAAGUAUGACCAGAAUCUUGAUGAAUAUCAGGACGUCGAAGCAUCAGCAAGUUCCAAACCCAUAAACCUAGAGCUGUUGUUUCCAACUAGAGUUAAAUCUCCUGUGUACACCGGGAGACCAAUCAAAGGAGAAGAUGGCGGUAGCGGUGCUGAGAAUGAUCGGUCCAUCAAAUGUAUGUUGGUUGAUAGUCAGACACGUCAACAAGUGAUUGAUGGGCGAGUAGCUGCACUAAACGUGAAGUUAGUACUCAUUCGUGGAGAUUUUCGUGCUAGCAUAACCCCUCGAGAGGAAGGAACUUGGACAUCUAUGGAGUUCAAUGAGAACAUUGUGGUCAAUUGGGAAAAUAAGAGAAAUCUUCUUUUGGGUGAUCUUUCUCUAUUUGUUAAAGAUGGGAGUGGGACAGUAGGUGAAAUUAGAAUCAAACAUGAUAGCAAGCCACUUAAAAACACAACAUUUCGAUUGGGAGCAAUGGUUGAUGAGGGCUGUUCUUAUAGGAUCAAAGAGGCUAUAAGUAAUGCCUUUGAAGUCAAGGAUCAACGCAAUGAAUCUAAAUACUUAAGACCAUUAUCCCCGAAUGAUUGGGUGUGGCGGUUGAAUAAUAUCCGCAAACAUGGCCCUAUUCAUAAGCGUCUAGAGAAAAAAAACAUUUGGACAGUGAGGGAUUUUCUCGAUAUGCACUGCUCAAAUCCUCAAGCACUCGAAGAGAUUUAUGUGAUCAAAGGCAAAAAGUUCGACGAGACAGUAAUUCACGCGAAAACAAGCCUCAUGAUCUCUAACAAUGUGUGCAAUGCCUAUGGAAGAAAUGGAUUCAUCUCUCAACAAUCCAGCAUUGAGCCACCCCUCGACAACAGGGGAAGCAUCAAGAUAGAUAACAACUGUUAUAAGCCGCAACCUAGUGAAAAUGAUCUAAAUUAUUCUAACAUGAUAGUGGAUCAUACUUUUUCCAUCAAAGAUGUUGAAAUGAGUGAUGUGUGUUUUCUUGCAAUUGAACCAUAUCAAGAUAACCAAGUGAUUGGCACAUCGUCUAGCGAUGGCUAUGGCCCACGAUCAGGAAACGGCUAUAUGGCUAAGAAAAGAUGGAAGAAAUUGCGUGCUACAAUAUGGUUUUGGUUGGUUGGUUUCACAAAGAAAGUUAGGUCAUGUCUUGGCGCACCUUAGUCGACCAAGUACUACUAGCUAGCAGCUUGAUGGUUAAUUGCUCCUGCCCGAAUUGAUAAAACAUCUAUGUCCUGCUGUUAUGGAAAUUUUGUAAAUAACCUGAAUGUUAUAAUUAAGUUUGAUUUAUGAUA